GUCUCUCACACACAUACGUUACUCUCAAAAAAAGACGCACGUGGGAGCAGACAAUUGCCACGUCACUUAUCCAACCACCGUGUGCCGUCCCUUCGUCGUUUCUUCCUUCAUUUCAUUUCAUAUCAUAAAACCUAGUCUUCUCUUUCUCCACCCUCUUUCUCUCAAUUUCUCCGUUUACCAAUUCCCAAUUCCCAAUUCUUUAAUAAUGCCCACCUGGUGGGGUAAAAAAUCAACCAAGUCCAAGGACCUUGAGUCACGUGGCGGCGGCAGCAGCGGCAGCAGCAGCAGCAGCAACGGCGGUGGUGUGCUUCAUUUCAAUUUCAACAAAUCUCCGAUCAGAAACGGUUAUUAUAAUAACAUUAAUAAUAAACAUGAAAACCCUAACGAUGGUUUGAAUUUUAGAAAUUCUCCCAGAUCCAGUAGAGAUUUCACUCCUUCGAGUGAUUCGAUAGGGCUUCCUUUGCCUCGUCCUUCUGUUUCUUCUACACAAAGUUUCAGCAAUGAUCAGGGGAAUACUAUUACUUUUGGAUCUGCUUCUGUUUCUGGUGGUUCUAGCAUUAGCUCCAAUGCUUCUUCUGAUGAUCCUUCAACUUCUAAUUCUCAGAUUAAUACCGCUAGCGCUAGAGGACAAUGUGAAGCAAAGUUCAAUGUGAGGCCUAAAAGCCCGGGUCCUGGGUUAAGAGGGCCUACCAGUCCAACAUCACCUCUUCAUGCAAGGUUGCAUGUUUUGAGUCUCGACUCACCUACAGGCAGGCAAGAAGAUGGAAGGAGUGAAUGUCAUCCAUUGCCUCUUCCACCAGGCUCUCCAACUAGUCCUUCUCUUCCAAACAGCACAAGACCAAAUGGACUGCUAGAAAACAGUACUGCUAAUCGUGGCAGGUGGAAGAAAGGAAAACUUCUAGGUCGGGGAACAUUUGGGCAUGUUUACUUGGGAUUCAAUAGUGAAAGUGGACAAUUGUGUGCAAUAAAAGAAGUCAGGGCUGUCGGCGAUGAUCAAACCUCAAAAGAGUGCCUCAAACAACUUAAUCAGGAGAUAGAUUUGCUGAGUCAGCUUUCACAUCCAAACAUUGUUCAAUACCAUGGAAGUGAUAUGGGAGAAGAAACACUUUCCGUGUAUUUGGAAUAUGUCUCUGGAGGUUCCAUUCAUAAAUUACUUCAGGAAUAUGGGUCCUUCAAGGAGCCUGUUAUCCAAAAUUAUACCAGGCAGAUUCUCUCUGGACUUUCCUAUCUUCAUUCGAGAAAUACAGUGCAUAGGGAUGUUAAAGGGGCGAACAUACUAGUUGAUCCUAAUGGUGAAAUCAAGUUGGCGGACUUUGGAAUGGCGAAACAUAUAAAUUCUUCUUCCUCGAUGCUUUCUUUCAAAGGAAGUCCACACUGGAUGGCGCCAGAGGUUGUAAUGAAUUCAAAUGGCUAUAGUCUUCCUGUUGAUAUUUGGAGCUUGGGAUGCACAAUUCUUGAAAUGGCAACAUCAAAGCCUCCUUGGAGUCAGUAUGAAGGGGUGGCUGCAAUAUUUAAAAUUGGUAACAGCAAAGACAUGCCUGAAAUUCCCGACCAUCUCUCAAAUGAUGCAAAGAAUUUCAUUAAGCUAUGCUUGCAUAGAGAUCCUUCAACUCGCCCUACAGCCCAAAUGUUACUAAAUCACCCCUUCAUUCGAGAUCAGUCAGCAACAAAAGCUGCUAAUGUCAGAAUAACCAGGGAUGCUUUUCCAUACAUGUUUGAUGGAAGCCGGACGCCGCCAGCUUCAGAUCUUCAUUCCAAUCGAACUUGUAUUGCUGCUUCUCAGGAUGCAGAUUAUGCAACAAAAACAGUUGUUGCAGCUUCACGAACACCAAGGAGCCCAAGAGACAACACAAGGACGAUCACAUCUUUGCCUGUAUCUCCGUGUUCAAGUCCAUUGCGACAGCAUGGUCCUGCUCACAAGAGCUGUUUCCUCUCUCCUCCUCAUCCAAGUUAUACAAUGAUGGGACAAAAGCCCCUUGUUUCAUAUGAAUCAUAUCCAAUGAGAUCAAAUACCAAGUUUACUCUUGAUCCUUGGCAUGAAACACAUAUGUACAAAGCCCACACACCUGUUGGAUCCCCAAGAAGAUUUAUUUGAGUUGCCGAAUGUAAAUACUCAUAAAAAUCUUUCUUGGUUUUCCCCGGAUGCCUUGUGCUCUCUAGUUGAACUUCAUUCAAUCUUAACUCUGAAAGUUCAAACUAUAUCUAAAAAACUCUUGUUCAUUCUUUCUUUAUACAUGAGAAAUAGACAGCGGUAGAAGUGAGAAGUGUAGGAGCCCUCUUUGUGCAGGCGUUGGACCGGGGAGACAUCGUAGCUUGUAACAAUUUUUAUUGGUUACUGUAAACCGAAGGUGUUUACCAUGUUUGUACUUUGCAGGCGUUUUUGUUGUAUAUUAUGUUAUUAUUAGUCCAUGGCAGAAGAAAAAGAAAGUAAAUUUUCAUAUA